AUGGGAACUUUUACAUUUCAAUGGCCUCACACUGCAAGCGAGGUGUUUGUUACAGGCACUUUCGAUGAUUGGGGUAAGACGGUGAAACUGGACCGGGUGGGCGACAUCUUCACCAAGGAAGUCACUAUUUCUCCUGUACAAAAAGUCCACUACAAGACACUUCCCGGAACCCCCCUCAGAUUCCAUGAUUAUGUGUUUCUCUUGCUGACAGAAAAAAAAAAUAAGUUUGUUGUCGACGGUAUUUGGACUACAAAUCCCGACGCACGCGAAGAAGAAGACGGACAUAACAACGUCAACAACGUGCUGUUACCAGAAGAGAUCAAUACCGACUCCGCCCCCACUAUGUCUGGCGUGACCCCUGAUUCUACAACUGCGGCUCUUGCUGCUAACGUUCCCAAGGAGCCCAAUGGGAAUCUGCCUGGCGCCUUCCCAGAGACUCCGGGACUGGAAUCCGAACAGACCUUGUCCGUGGAUCCCAUCCCAGCGUCGGAGGGUUAUGGCAACCCCGUCAGCCUGAACCCGGGCGAGAAAGUCCCUCACCACAGCACCCUCCACAACAACACCGUUGACUCGACGGUCACUUUGGACAAAGAGUCAUAUGAGAAGGGCCAAACUCUCCCCAUUGAUGGGAUCAAGAACACCGCUGAUACGGGUGCUUCUCCAUAUACCCUCCCCCCAAUCACAAACAACAUGAUUCCUGAAUCCAGUCUUCCGAUCGGUGGUCCCGCGCAACGUGCCGCUAGUGAGGCCGAGCCGAUUUAUACCGGAGGCCCGGUGCUGCAGGCAGCGUUGGCCGAUCCAGGAUACAAUAUCCAGUCCGCUGGCCCCGACUCGACCACGGCUGCGUUGGCUGCUGCCGUGCCACUGGAGCCCAAGGGCAAGGAGACCAACGGUGACAAGCCCGUCGACGAGGUCCCGCAGGUGGUGAAGGACUCGUUGACCGAGGCUCACAAAGACCCGGAGGCUGCCGCGUACCAGGAAUCAGUCGACGAGAAGAAGGCUAUCGAGGAGGAACUGCACAAGAAAGUUCAGGUUGAUGAGUCCGCGGGUACUCCGGCGCCUACCGUCACUGCGGCUACCCAGGCUGUCGCGCCCCACCUCACUGUUGCUAGUGGGAUAGAUUCGGCAGAUGUGUCGCCGCUUUCGACUCCCGCGCCCGGCCGCACUUUUGCUGCUGCUGCCCCAACUUCGGCGCCCAAGACCGAGUCCAGUGGGCCGACUGUCACGACUGGCCCUGAGACUACAUCUACUGCUGAAACCUCGACCCCCAAGGCUGAAUCUGCAGGUCCCACUGUCACGACUGGGGUUGAGUCUGCUCCGGCACCUGCUACUUCGACCGCAGAGCCCGCCGGUCCCGCCGUGACGACUGGGGUUGAGUCUUCUCAGGCGCCUGCUACUUCGACCGCAAAGCCCGCAGAACAGCCCCGCAAUCAGUCCCACAGCACUGAAGGUGCUUCUUCUAAUGGCGACAAGAAGAAGAAGCGCCGCAUGAGCAGCUUUUUCAGCAAGCUCAAGGAGAAGCUUAAGUAA